AAAAAAAAAAAAAAAAAAAGGAAACCCAACAGAGGAGCGGCCGUUGCCUGGGUAACCUGGAACGUCAGGUGUAAAAGAGAAGAGCCGUUUAGUUUAGUCGAGGCGAGGGUUAGUGCCGCAGAUAGUCCUGUUACACAGUGAGGGCUUGAGUCAUGGAUAACUGUGAUUUGGAGAAGCUCUCUAUCUCUGCUGGGAAGCUCCAUCCACCUUUCUCCCCUCGGGUGACUGACUACAGAGUGACGGUGGAGAGCAGCGUCCGCAAAGUGACUCUGGACCUGAGCACCAGUGAUUGCGAAGCAUCCUACAGCAUUCUGUCUGGUGACCGCUCCAGCUCUGUCAACCUGGAGGAUGGGCUCAACAGAGUGGACAUCGAAGUGGUUGCCGAGGACGGGACGACGAAGAGAUACAGUGUGGAAAUCAGCAAGUUGUCAGCAAAGAUCGCAGAGCUCACCGACCUGGCUCUGGACGGGGAUAUUCCUCUUUCCCCUCCUUUUACUCCCAAAGGCCAUGAAUACAGCAGUUUUGUCCCCUUUUACUGCAGUGCAGUCACACUUCUGACCAAGGUUCCAGACAGCCUGAUAAAAGUCGCAGUAAACGGGAAGAGCGGCUGCCAGCCUGUGCCGCUGCAUUUUGGAGACACCCUGGUGGAGGUCUCUGUCUGCUCAGCAGAUGGCACUGUUUCACAGGUGUACACGGUGCUGGUGACGCGGGGGCUGAUUCCCGUGGCUGUGACCUUCAGUGAAGGGAAGCAGCAGCUGGACUAUGAAUGCCCCGUUUCCCUCAGCGCUCUGUACAGGCCCACGUCUGUCCACCACAGUAACCCAAAGAGCACCUUCUCACGGCCUUACAUCGAGAUGCUGGCCCGCCGAUCAAAGCUCGACCCACUCAGCGGGUGUCCACUGGGAGAUGGCUGGAAGGUCUCUGAACUGGACCUUGAUAAGGAGAUGUCAGCAGCUCCGGUCCGCUGUUUCUUUCAUUACCGAGGAUGUGAGAGCGUGAUGCCACUAUCAGAGCUGGGGCCGCACAGCCUGGACUGUCCACACAAACCCACGGGGGACCUGGAUACAAAGGAUGUGACACAGACCGGGUGGUACAAGGAGCACUUUGAAACAUCUGGAGGCCUGGAGAUAGAGACGAAGCACGUCUGUAAGGUGCGUAACUGGGAGAAAAGACUCCAACUGACAGGAGAGGAGGACAGCGUGGAUAAACUGUGCGCCCUGGCUGAAGAGCAUCUGAACCACUACAGCAAACACCUUCCACAGCGCGGGGAGCGGCUGAAGUCUGAGAAUGUGGAGUCUCUACUACUCAGCCUGGAGCAGGCGGCUGCUUAUUAUGCCUCCGCUGUGGCCCUCAGUCCCAGAAAGGCCAGGCUCCACUUCCUGCUGGGGCUGGUUUUGGAGGAGCAGCACAACGCCAUGGAGAUUUACGGCCUUCAGAGAAAGGCUGAUAAGGACGAUCCAGAACUGAGUGACGCCAAGUCAUCGGCCCAUCAAGAUGACAUCCUGGCCGUGUGCGAGCUGCACGGCUUCCAUGGCACGCCCACUGUGGAGAACCAGCUGCAGGCCUUGGAUAAGGAGUACCACCUGCUGAAAGAACAAGGCCAGUCCCACAAAGCAGACUACGUGCAGACCCUUUACCUCUGGCUGUCCAAGAAUGCCGGCAAGGAUCGCAGCGCAGUGAUGCAGGACGAGGAGAGCUACAGAUACCGGGCCCUCACCAAGUACCUGGACGCCUGGUCCCUGAGUCCGGACAGCUGGGAGUUCAGCCUCCACGCAGGAAGACUUCUGCUGCUCCAGGGGAGAAGCAGGGAAGCUCUGCAGCACGUCCAGACGGGGCUGGCGCUGCGGCCCCUGCACCCCGCGCUCAGAUUCUUCACAGGCCUGGCUCUGCUGCAGCAGGAGCAGAAAGCCUGCGAGGGCACAGAGAAGGAGGCCGCGCUAUUCUUGCAUCAGGGACUGGAGCACUUUGUCAGCCAACGCUGUAGCAAGAGUCGGGUGCAGCAGGACCCGUCGGACCCUCUGUGCGGCCUGGACGCACAGUUUCUGCGAGGGCUCCUCACCCUGGGGCGGCUGCAGCAGAAGACCGUGUUGGCUGAGAGGUCCAUGACUCCUGAACAGGUGUAUCACAUUGUGGCAGUGCUGGCUGCCCAGAGUGUGAGUCAGUGUGUGUGUCAGAGCGAGGCGAGCAGGCAGCUGGAGUGGGUGCUGCUGGAUGCUCACUUUGCCCUCCUGCAGAGACUGGUCCAGCAGGGCGAACGGAGGACCGAGGCGCCCGUCGACAGGCAGUCCCUGGUGGCAAAAAGGUGCCAGGCCCUCGUGGCUCUCAUCCGUCUGACCACCAUCUCUCCUUGCCAGGAGCUGCUGGACAUGCAGGAGAGAACGUGCCAGCUGGCCGUAGUUGCGUCUCCGCGGGACAGCCGUGCUCUGUGUCACCUUGGCGUGGCCCAGUUGGCCCAAUAUGACAACAACCCAAACUCAGACGGGUCAGAGGAAGUCCUGAGCAACGCCCGCCUCAGCUUCCAGGCCAGCAUCGAGCUGGAAGACAAAGCCCAGAGCGGAGACCCACCCGAACAGCUGAGCAAACAAAAGUGGUGGCAGGAGCAUCUGGAGGCUGUGAACAAGAAGGAAGCCACACAUCUCGGCUCUCAGCCAAGCCAAGCUCCGAGUAGCAGCAGCAGCAGCACGGCAAAAAGGGGCGCCAAGCAGGGCAGAGGAGGUCCAGUUCAGGGACGGGCCUCCGUGUCCAAACCCACCCCGGGCGUCGCCGCAGCCCCCGUCAGAGGAGGGAAGGCGGCUCAGCCUCCGGCUAAAGCCCUCGCGGUCAAGGGGAGACCUGGUGCAGCCGCUAAACCUGAUAAAACAGCUUCACCUAAAACAGCUUCACCUGGCAGCAACAGUGCUAAAUCCAAGCUCCCUGCUAACAAGUCUGAACAGCAAUGUAGUCCCAAGGCUGUGGUGACUGCAAAGGUCCCCUCAGUAGGAAACAGAGGCAGCGCGUCAGGCCCGCUGAACAGCAGGUCUCAUGUAUCACGGCUGGGUCUGGCACGGGCCCUCUCACGCUGCGCGGGCACCCAGGACCAGGCAAAGCAGCUCUACCAAGAGGUCAUCGCCAUGGCGCCAGGGAUCCACGACGCAUACACCGAGCUGGUGCAGCUGCUGGAGCCCUCUGACCCCCGGGCUGCGGUGGACGUGUACUGCAAGUUCCCUCUGAAGCCCGUGGCCGAGCAGAGCUUCGACGACGCCUUCGUCAGCGGGGAGAUUAUCCGCCUGCUGAUGUCCCAGGAGCAGUACGACCACCCACACCUGGGCCCCAGCCUGGUGGCGUACGGCAAAGUCAUGGGGCUAAGUUGCAUAGAGAAAUAUAUCGACGUGUUGGAUGAGAAGUCGAAGACCUCGCUGCUGAAGAGCGUCUACGCAAAAAUCAACGACAGAGAGGAGGACGACCCGGACCUGCACGACUUCUUCAGAUCCAAAUGUUGGAUGUGACGUGUUUGUGCUGGAUUUGUUUCUCAGGUUCUCUCGUCUUGUGCUGUGUUCAUAAGGACUGUUGCCUUCAUUUAGCUGUGAUGCCGUAUGUUAGUCGCGUCGGGCAGAAGAUACAGAGAAAUCUAUUUUUUUUUUCUUCAGGAAACACUUUUAAUCUAUAAACAGUUUGCGACGGAAAAAAAUGUCAUUUCAGAACGGAAAGCUUUUAACCAAAAUACAACCUGUAGAACGCUGCUCAGCAUAGCUGCGCCAAAGCAAGGCACCCUCAGACAGAACUCAACCAAGAUAAUAAAACUUAUUCUCCCCGA